UGAUUUUCUUUAGCUGGCAAAAGCGCGUGAUUUUGAACAACAAGAUGUCUGCAAAGUGGAGUAAAUAUGCGGCCUUUACUACGUAGUUUUUAUGGGAUUUUGGCAUGGAAAUGACGUUUGUUGUGGACGAUGUUUAAGAUCGAUGCAUCUCGCAGGUAAUCAUUGGCUAUUUAGUUAUGCUGUCUCUUCGAGGACUCUUGAUCGCAAGGAGAAAUGCUCAGUUUCGACUGGCGACCGGGAUUUAUAAAACUCGAUCUGUUGCGUUUCCGAUCGCCUAUGUUUAGUACACUUUCUGGGGCUAAAUGCUUGCGCUUUUGAUAGUGUAUAGUGUUAUUACUAUAUCGAAGCGAUAGCUUAGGUGUUUUGUUGACAUUUUUCAGAGUCAAGUGACUACGUGUAACGCUAGAUGAAAAUCGUGUCUGAACUGUAAACUUGGAGUUUCAUCGGUUCCCAAAUCGACGAUCCGGUCGUCAGUUCGCUUUCUGCAUUUGUUGAACACUCUUUUCUUGUGUCUGUAGUUAACACUUAGACAUUAAUAAAAUUGUCAGCCAUUCUUGUUAAGAAAAAGUUUAAACUGUUCCCGAGCAUCGUAUGGAAAUUAACAUGUUUACCAAAGAAAUCUUCAGGCUGCGAUCGCCUCGAUCUAAAAACUCUUCCACAAGCGUAGUGACUUUUCAGUCUUUUGUUAUAAAAUAUCUACUAUCGUUCUUUAUACUUCAGUGACGUUAGUUUUUGACGUCGUUAGAAAGUAUAAAAGUAGCAGUAAAUGUGUUAUUUGCCGAUGUUCGCUGUUUAAUUUUAAAAGUUAUAUUCCGUUUAGUAAAUAAUUGUUUGUUUGCGAUAUUUUAGUUAAGCUUAGUGCAUGGACAAUUUACACUCAUUCAGUGCAUGAUAAUGUCCGCAACGAUAAGCUUAUAUUUCACCACGCAAAUGUUAAUUUCACUCAUCCGAAACCUUAAAUUAAUCCUGUACAUUUUACACAUUCCGGCGUUAUAUAUUACAGCAUUGGAAAACGAUCAGACACUCAACAAGAGAUAUUACUGUUUUACAGCCAGAUACACGAAUUAUGUAGCUGACCUGUUGUAUAUUUUUAACAGUAAUCAUUUUCUUAUUACAGCAUACUUUUUAAGCAGUAACUCCAGUUUAUUACUGUGAGUAUUGAUCCCCUUUUGGGAUUGGCAAGAGUUUUUUUUGUCAGUAACAUUCACUAUCUAACUGUAUCUUACACACCAGUGAGUAUUCCAUGUAAGAUGCGUGAAAUCUUGAAGUGCAUGAAAAUUUGUAAAAUAAAAAUAUAAGUGGUUAAGUUUUGGGGGCUGAAAUUCAAAGAAAUGCUUGUUUGAAACAGUUUUCAUCAGAGUCCUUUUUGGGGGAGGGGUUGAAAAGUUACAUGUAAACAAAUUAAUUUCUAGUUUCUUGUUUUUACCACAACCUGAGGCUAAGUUAGGGGAAAAUGAAGGGGUUUGAAUUUUUUAAAAAUAAAGUAGAAUUUGAACUGAAAAAUGUAAUACUGGUUUUCACUUGCAACACAAGUACAAGUGUAAGAGUCUUUAUUCUUUUUCACCAUACAAAAUGUCCUACUAGAUGCAAUAAGCCCUAGGAUUUCAGGGUAAUGAUCAUUUCUGGUACCAUCUUGUUACUUUGUUUAUAAAAAAAAUAAAAUUCCCUUGUUGCCCAAGAGCAAAAGUAAGGCACCAGAGCACUGCUAGAGCUUAGCACUGGUUCCUUACUACUGUCGUCCGAAGGGUUGAUUUUGAAUUUCUCAUGGAUGUGUUGUAGGCAUGUAGUUUACCAGUGGAUGCUGAUGUUGUUUGUCACAAAUCUAACUUGAAACAGCUUUACUACUCAAAACAGUAAAAUGCAUGCUCUGUUUAGGCUAUAUUUUUUAUGUUACAUUCUGAUUUAUAAUCUAGAAGUGUCUUUCAAUUUUCACUUGACAUUUCUACAAUUAAAUGUGAUUAAAAUGUUCACCGUACAGUAAAAACUGGUUUUUCCCUUACUUCCAGCUAUUUGCUUCGAGCUCCCGAUAACUCAGACUUUUUUUGAUUUCCCUUGAGGGUUCGAGUUAUUGGGGGUCGACUGUACCACAAUCAGGAACUUCACAAAAUUUAGUCAUUUCAAGAGUCAGUUGACAAAUCACCUUAAAACUGAGGCGACGGCAAGAAUGCAUUAUUAGUGACCUUUCCACUAGGUUCUCUUGUUUUUUGGAACUUCUUGUUUUAUUAUCAUUUCAUUGUCCAUAGUUUUUCUUUUCACUAGUUUUUCCUGAAUUUUUGAAUUUACCAUUUUAUUAUCAUUUUACUGUUCAUAGUUUUAUAUUUAUAAGCAAUUGAUGAGUUGAGUAGUAGGUUAGGUGGUCUAGUAGUUAGUCACAAGUGGAGACACACAUUUUUAGUUUAUGGAUAUACUGUGAAUAAACCAUUUCUUAGCCUUUCAAAACAGCCAUUUCUCCUCGCACUUCGCCACGGGGACGUUUCGCACAGAGGAACGUCCGCGACUCAGCAAAAGAAAUUCCAUGCUGAUGACAUAAAUCAAUGUUUGCAUAAUAUAUCUGGUAAUAUAUUUAUCAUCCAAACUUCUUUAAUUUUACCUUUUUCCUGGUCGAUUUUACUAAAGUGUUGUGUUCAUCUGCGAACGAGCUCCAGCAGAACUCAAAUGCUUCUUCUAGAGAAGAAUAUGCUCCACCAAUUUUGACUCUUUUGUUAGAGAUUCAUCACGUUUGCGUUCAACCUUCAUGGCCUUUUGUCUUUUGUCUGUCAUGCGUAAACUAUAGCUAAAACAAUGUAACUUCUCCGUUGACCAAUCAGCGCAUCUGACCAGAUUUUACGUCAUCAGUAUGUCUCUCAGUCCCAGGCGUUAUUCCUCACGAUAUGUCCUCAGCGGCGAAGAGCGAGGAGAAAUGGCUGUUUUCGUAGGCUACCAUUUUUAUUAUUGUUAUUAUUAAAUGCUGUAAGUUGUAAAGUUUAGGACUUGGUCUUUAUUUUUUUUGGCGUCAAACUUUACCUUUGUAUUUUUUCCAUUCAUCUCCUUAUUGAUUGCUCUUAAUGGGAAAUGAACUGACGACUGUUUAAAACGUGAGAAGGGCAGUGACUGGGAUUGGCAGCCUUAACACAAACACCCUUUCAUUUAUCAGUGUGCAAAAUCAAAUUUUUCCAUAAAUUUUCAAGGUAUCAACAUCUUUGUAAUCAAAACCUAGCUUUACAUUUUAGUAAAUAUUCUUGUUCAGUAUUCUCACAUUCAAGUUUUUGUUAUUCUGAAUAGGAAACUUUAACUUUUAUGGAGAAAAUAAUUACAGUCAAGCAAGAGCCUAUAGAUGAUGCCUACCCUACACCACCAUCAACUUCGAGCACAUCUGUAACCACUACUGUCACAACUACAGCAACAGUAACUGUUCAAAAUGUAACAUCAAAAACUACCACAGCACCAACAUUAGCUACAGGAACAAUAACAUCAGUGGCUGCUGCAGCUGGCAGCAAAGCUUCUGAACCACAGAUAUUCUUUAUCCAGCCCAAACCAGAAUUGCAUAAAACACCAUGUUCCGUGGGAGCUGUUGCUCAAGGUAAACUAGGGACCUUAUGAAACUAUGACGGUGACAGCAAGCAGAACAUCAAAAAAGCAAUAGGUUUAAUGAGCAAAACAACAACUCUGCUUGUACAUCAUGCUUUUUUGUACAUUUCGUUGCUGUCCCUGCACAACUACGAUGCGAAAUGACCAAGUUUUAAGUUUACUGGAGAACGGGAACGGCAAGGCAAUGAAUUCUUCCUUUUCUGUCUGAACUCGGGCGCGUGUCCUCUCUUCAGUUCCACCCAAAAUUCCCCUCUUUUAAGUAACGGGGCGAAUUGGGAUAAUCGUGAAAAAGUUUGAAAGGAUGCAAAGUCUUUUUCAGCGACAUUUUUAUGCAUGUUGUCAUUGUUGGAUCGUAACGUCCCUAAUAAGUAAACUUCUUGACACCCCAUCUCUUCAAUGACUUUCAGCCCCACAAAAACAGGGGUAUUUUGCUAAGAUGUUUUCCAAGAAUUCAGCCAAAGUUAUCUUUUUUGACUUUGCUAUGUUUUGGCCUCGCCCUAGUGUACAGCUAAUACCAUAUAUGCAUGUAUACAUUUUUUUUGCUAUAGGGAGCAGCAUUUUUUCAAAGAAAUUUUGCAUGAUAUCCUAAGCCUGUUGUAAGUUCAGGGUGCAUCGUGUAACCAAGUACUGUAUCUUCCGCCAACAAAAUUUUUAAUUUAUUGUUCUCUUUCAGGUGCUGCAGGCACAUCAACCACUGCCAGGACUGUAGCAACAGGUAGCCAAGCCAAACCACCUCUAGUAGUUAUAUCUGGUAGUCCUAUUAAACUAACACCUUUAUCAAGAGCAGGCGGAACUUUAACAGGGGCGCAAGCAAGCACUGGUACUGGGGGCAACAUUACAUGCACCUUGGUUCACGUCCAGCCAUUUAAUGCAACAACAAAACAAAAUAUUGCCCCAAAGGCUGGAGGCUCACCAAGCAAGCAGGCUGUUCCUGUGCAACUUCAGAAAAUUGUACCCAUAAGUGUAGCUGCCACAUCUCUUGCAAAGAUACAAUCAGGUACAGCACCUCAGUUUACAUUGGCCACUCCUACAGGCCCAGCAACAAGUGUGCGGCACAUCGCUCCCAAAGUAAACAUUGUACAGGCAGUUCCGAGCGGUCAGGCUGUGCAGAUAACACCGGUAGUCAGGAACAUUGCUCCAGCUGAAAAGCCAGUCCAAAUUCCUCAGCAGGUACAUGUAUUGAACUUGUUACCACUGUUUUCAGGGCUGUGUUGUAACAGUGCUGGGAAACCUCCUACAUAUAGAUGUCGUUUAUAGGCAAUAGCAGACGUAGGAAUUCUUUCAUGGGGUGUAGAAACUUGUACACACUAUUAAAACUGUUUUACAGUUUAUUAUUUCAACUCCUUACUUUAUGAGUGUAUAUGUGGCAUGCAGGACCCCGGAGACCCUCCCUUUGGAUCUGUCAACAAUAUUGGUGACUUGAAAAGCUAAAUAUUGUUGGGAUUUGUUGACUGCACUUUCAUGAUUUUGUUGUACAUUCUUUAAGAAAAUAGGUUGAACCAACAUGUACUAGCAAACACCGACAAGCCAAAUGUGAUAGUUCAGUAUUUGUUGGUACAGCUGCCUUAUCAGCCACACUAAAAUGUCAUCUUCCCAUACUUUCACAAAACAAGCUGUUAUAUUGACUCCAAAACCAAAUUUAAAACAUGGAAUAGCCAAGGGUAUUCCAAGUAACUUCAACCAAUCAAGAUGUGUGAAAAUUGUCCCCCACAGAUUUGGAAAAUUCUAAACCCAAGUGAACAGAAGAGAAUUUUGAAAAAGUGCUAGAUACAUCCUCAGAGCAUUGCUUUUUCUCAUCAUCCUGUUUUGUACUAUUCUUGCUAUUGUUUUUGCAUGGUUAACCUAACUAGGCAUUGGCAUGCACACUGUAUGUAUUUUAACCCUUCACCUAUUAUUUGUGUUAUACAUGUUACUUUUUCCCAGUUGGCACCAAAGCCACCUCAACCCCAGGUUUCAAAUGCUGCUCAGCAACCAAGACUCAUUGUUCCGGCCUUACCUUCAAGCAUUCCACAAAUUACUGGCACAGGAGCCACUGGCAACAUUCAGUUUCCACAUGGAGUCAUCAGUGGAGGUGUUGUUUACCUUCCUCAGGUAUGAGAGCUUUCAACCAGAUUCACCUUUCAAUCUGAAAAAUUCAUAGUCAGUGCUUACCAUAUUGAAAUUUCGGUGAAAAAUUUCUGUCAAAUGGUCCUGUUAUUAUUUUUUUUGGCACCAAAAAGAGGAACGGGAUUGAGUUGUACCAUUUACAAAAUGCUGGCAAAUUUUUUGCUCUCUCUCGACAUGAAGCCUGGUACGAGUAAUCCAAACAAACGGUACUGAAAAUUUCAGUCAUUUCGGUAAAAACAGGAAAAAGGUAAUACCUCAAAAGGUAUUACUUUUUGUCGGGAAAAUUUCCACCCUGGUAUUUAUGGUGAUAAAUUUACUAACCUUUGGUUGAAUUGUAUCACUUUAUUUAUUUCAGCAAGCUCUAGCCUCCGGAGGCUUUCCAAUUGCAGUACCUUUACAGGCCAAUACCCUAAAUACAGCAGCCCAACCAGGAUUAUCAGUUAAUGGGUAAGAGAGUCAAGGAUUAUGCCCUUACUGUAACUUAACUUUGUGUUUGCAAACUUCUGCAAUAAUGCUGACAAAGGAGAGAUUUUUUGGGAAAAAUAAUAUAAACUUGUACAUGUAUGUGCAAACUAUCUUUGUAUUCAUGUACAGUAAAACAGCAUCAGUUUGUUGCCAAAAACAUUGUCAAAAUAAAGCAAUUUGUGUUUAAUCAAUUAUAUCUGUUUCAUUUAUUGAUCAUUACUUGACCAAAGAUACAUGUACUCCAAGUUAACUACUUCUGUCUUAGGGAGGGCCAUGUAAAGAAAGUAUUCAAUUGAAAUGACAAAAACAAAUAGUGCCCACCCACUCUCUUUUUUAUAGAAUCCGGAUGAGAGACCCUUUCUUUUUUUACUUGGCCUGCGUUAAUUUGUAACCACCCGCUAUGUGACAGUGUCGCCCGCAAUCUUAAUCUUCAGGUUGUUAUUAUGCAUGCGUUGCAAAUGCAAUUUGAUCAUGCAUGUUUCCACCUUCUACCCCUCGUAAUCACACAUGUUUUGAGUAUCUGUCAUGUUGCAAAAGCGUUUGGACCUCCAAUUAUUGUCACCCACACUCCCUAACCUUUGGUUAUUGCUAGCAAUAACUUUAAAAAAACCUCAGAGAUUCUCGAUUGUUCUCUAUAUUCAAUUCCUAUAGCGAUGUUGAGGAGAUUUGUUGAAUGAUCAGAACUGUUUUAAUAGUAAUCAUUGUUAUGGGUUGAAGGGUUAACCAAGGUUCGAUUCUAUUCCUAUUUGAAACAAAGGUUUAAUCUACAUAAUAUGUGGAGUGCAAUGUACAUGUAUAAACAUUGGUUCAAGCUGAAGGUAUAAAUGAGGUAACUUGCCUAGUUUAAUACUUACUGGUUACUUUUUUUAUUGUUCAUAGGAGUUCGCCUGAAUCCUCACCUCCCAAUAGGCCACGCAAGCCAUGUAACUGCACCAAGUCACAGUGCCUCAAACUGUAAGUCAAACUCUUUUCAGUGAUAUUUUACUAGGUAUAUUUUUGAUAUAAAUAAUGAGUAUUUCCUUUAACAAACAAAGAAAUGUUUUGUGAAGUAUGAAAAAAGGAUGCUGGCUAUUCAACUUUUAUGUUUCACAUUCUCUUAUCCCCAUUUCUUUGUCUUUUCUUUCCUGAUUUUUUUUUAUUUUAAUUUUUUUUUGUCGUGCUGCCACCCUUAAGGGAAGGUGUAGUCAUCAUUCGUGUUGUGGUAUUAUAAGACAGUAUAACUCAGUAUAAAGUCCAUAAGUGUGUAAACUUCCACAGGAAAACUUAUACCACAAUAAAACAAACUUGGCCCAUUGUCAUUGUGUCUGCUUAAUAGAGGUUAAAAAUUACUUUGCAAUUUGUUUUGGUGGCUGAAGUAUUUUACAAAAAAAAUGGAAGCAAUUUGGACCAUUACAUGUAGCUUUAAAAUAAAUUAGAGCAAAAAUUGUGGUAAGAGAACUUUUUUUCUAAUGUCUCACUUUGCAGAUGAUUUGCAGAUGCGUUUGCUUUUGUGGGCUGUGUUGAGCACUUGUUAGAUUCACAUCUUUUCAAAACGUUUCCGAAUUUUCCUGAAGUUUGCCUUUGAAUUUAGGUUAUGGCUUAACUAGAUUCGGACAGCACUUUCCAUCAGAAUGACAAAAAAUGCUUAAAUAGUUGCUUAUUUAGGCUAUUAAACCAAAAAUCUCAAUUUGUUAUUUUAUUUGUACAGAUAUUGUGACUGUUUUGCCAAUGGAGAAUUCUGCAGUAAUUGUAACUGCGUAAAUUGCUCAAAUAAUAUUGAACAUGAAAAGGAAAGAAGUAAAGCUAUCAAAGUGAGUGGAAAAUGACAGUUGUAGCUUGCAUUAGCAUGUCUCAGUGUGCCCAUUGGGGUAUACAAGUCCUUAUUUACAUUUGUAAUUUAGCUUGUUAAUCAACACAAGUGAAUAUUUAUCAUUUGAUUGGGGUUACCACCGCAUUGCGUACAUGUAUGUAUAAUAUAUAGAUUUAGCCAAGGCCAAAAGUUUCAAAGCUCUCCUGGGAAUUUUUAAGAACCACCUUUUUGAAGUAAGGUUUUCUGAGCCUGCGAUCUUGUGAAUACCAUAACUGGUAAGAGGAGAACUUUAUAAAAAAAGUCACCUCAAUAUUACAUAAAGUUGCACACCCAAGCCUGUGAUACCGUCAUGUGACACUGGUAAGCAGAUACCCUACUUGUAUUUUGACAGCUGUCAGUUGAUCAUAACAUUGAUGUCUAAUAUCAAGUUAAACAAAAUCAUUUAUAUAUGCCUUGGUUUUUAAGCUAGUAAGUAAGACACUCCACUUUUCUAAUGUGAAGGGGUGGACGUACGUACAAUGUAAGGAUGAUAAAUAAUAAUAGGAUAAUAAAUAAUAGGACAAAGGACAUUACACUGUAUACUGUAGCACCUAAAUGUACGAUGUACUUUAGUCCCAUUGCUCAUUUAAAUAGUUGUUGUGUUAUUUGUUGAUACUCUUGGCUUUUAUUUUAGGCUUGUUUAGAGAGAAACCCUCAAGCUUUUCACCCCAAAAUUGGGAAAGGAAAGGUAAUGGUAACUUUUAAUUAAGCUAAACUCUGUAUUUGUUUCCUAAAAAAGCAUUAAUUUACGAGAAACUUCAUUUAAGGCCAGGGGCCCGUUUCUCGAAAGUCCCGGUAACUUUACAGGCCCGAAAUCAAAUAUUCAAAUUGAAAUAUAAAGAAUAAGAGCACGGGUCCUGGCUAGCAAACUACUCCAUUUUGUUUCAUUAACUGAUAGUUUUUAUCAUGUUAGAUGUAAAACUAUUGAAACCUCGAUCUUUAAUGUAAACGGAGACAGCUUACCGGGCCCGUUAAUUAUCGGGACUUUCAAGAAACGGGCCCCAGGGCUGGCUUCACAUGAACCGAACAUGAUUACAGUUAGGGUCAGCCUAAACUACAAGACUCAGUUUGCCUAUUGUCAAAUAACCUAACUUAAUUCAGCAAUGGCUUUAAAAAAAACGUGGAGAUCAGGUGUUUUGUAAGGCAAAUUAAAUUGAGUUUGCUUCAUAUGGUGUAGGGUGUUUGACCCAUUUAUGUUCAGCUGGUUGCAUCUAGAUUGGUUGGGGCAUUCUUUAUGCAAACUCCAGCUGUGAGACAUGCCUAAGUAAAUCUAAGCCGUACUUAACUGUGUCUGCAUAAUGUCAAAUGCCAUACUCCAUGUAAGUGGAACUCAAUGAAUCGAGUUAGGAUCAAAAUCUACCAUGACACGAAAGUAAAUAUAACAGAGUCUUGCUUUGAAUUGUGAUUCCUGUUCCUAUGAACAUUGACUUUUGACCAAUCAUUAACUACAUGUAGAUUUAUCUCUAGUUGUGUAAAACAACAGUGGAAGCUUAUGUAACGGACACUCUUGUAAGCGGACAUCUCUACUUACUGCUGCCUUCACAAAAACCCAUUCUUCUCAACUCCCAUACAAUCUCUGUAUUUUGACAUCUCUAUAAGUGGCCAGCUCCAGUUAGGGACACUUUUUCAUGUCCUAAGGGUGUCCACUCAUGAGAUCCUCCACUUUAAUGUGAAGCAAAAAAGAGAGAGUGAAGGAAACUUACACAAUUUUAAUGUUUACAUGUUAGAUGUUAAAACCAGGUGCAUAAAAAUAUUUUCUUCAAGUACAAUGACAUUUACAAUGUAGCCAAGGAGCAUGGCAAGAGUUCCAUUAAUUUAAUAAAUGCUGCUCUCUUUCAGGGUGAUUCUGACAGACGGCAUAAUAAAGGUAAUACUAUCCUGCUGCUGAUUGCUCUUAAAUACUUGAAGCCUUAUGUAGUCCAGUUAGUUACCACUCUUGCAGGGUCAGAUAAAAACUGUAAUCACCUCCUUCGAAUAAUCACCCACCCAAACAGCCCCCCCCUUGACGGAAAUAUUUCAAAUAAUCACCUCCCUUGAACAAUCACCCGCAACCCUCACACCAUCUUUUUUUUUUUUUUGCAAAUUAAAAAUCGACAACUUGGAUAACAAACAUACCAGUAGCUGAAGUGGAGUCUGAUGCAGCAAAACUGAUCAGUGACGACUCAAGCUCUGAUGUCGAGGAUAUCGACGUUGAAAUUUAAUCAAGGAACUAAAUUUGGAACACUUAAAAUUAAGCCCAUGUUCAAUUUAUUUGAUGUGAAUAUAUUUUUUCUUUUAGCAAUAUUAUUUUGUAAUGAUCGCCUCCCUCAGAUAAUCGUGUUCCCCCGAAUAAUCACCCCCUUUUGGUGCGAAAAUUUAAUAUUGCCCCUGGCUAUUAUUUGAGGAAAUACAGUAUUUGGCUAUUGAUAUUACUUGUCCUUCUUUUCUCUUUGAUUCUUCUUUCUUUGACUUGCUCUGACAAAGGGCCGACGCUCAGAACACCAGCUUCUUUCCUGAGCAUGGCCAAUCUACCAACCACAUCUUUCUACUUCUUUUUUAACAGGUUGUCAUUGUAAGAGAUCAGGAUGCCUAAAAAACUACUGUGAAUGUUAUGAGGUAACAUUUUUAACUCAGGAUCAGUUCUGAGUUUUGGCAGUUGAAAGAUGUUUUAUAUGGCUACAUUAUUAAUUUCCUAGAGGAGCUUUCCUUUAUUGAAUAACAUCUUGUCCCUCCACUAAAACUAAUAUUUCACAUUUUUAGAUAAAUGGUAUACAGUUACAAAAGAUCAUCACAAUCAUUUAUUUAUUUACUUGUAGGCCAAGAUUUUGUGUACAAAUCUGUGUAAAUGUACAGGAUGCAAGAAUUUUGAGGAGAGUCCAGAGAGGAAAACGUUAAUGCACUUAGCAGAUGCAGCAGGUGAGCUGAAAAGGGUUGAGUUUUUUAUGUACAAGCAACAUGGAAACAGUUGUUUUAUGUUUUCGAAAUUUUGUAUUGAAAAUGCUCACUGAAGCAGUAUUACUAUUUUUCUUAUUCAUUUGUUGCUCACAACAAAAUGAAAGGAGAUAAAGCCUGAUUGAAAGAAUGAAAACGUUAUUAAGCUUUGCAGCUACUGGGGAACACUAAAAGUUUGAACUUAAGAAACAACAUAAACAAAUAAUUAGAUUGAAGGCAGAUUUUUUGUGGCAACAAAUGCCAUGAAAUCGCCGCUAGUUUACUCGUGUGAUUUGAACUCACACCUAUAAUCAGCGACAAAAUUGUUGGGACACUGUCUGGAGCCCUCUUCCUCCCCCCUGCUUAUCCAAAGGUGGCUUGGUUGUUAUUGCCUUCAGUUACUCAAACAGCUUAAACAAUGGUACAACGCUGCCUAGACAAGGUGGAGAAGGGAAACCUUGCUUCUUUUUUUCAUUUUGAAGUUGAUGGUGUCGCCUGUUUAAACAGACCUUUGGAAAACCUUUCAUAGUGUACAUGUAUGCAUCAUCGAACUUUUAAGUUUUUAUAACAUGAAACUUGGUUUUUAUUCGAUAAACAUGUUGCUGUAUUCUCUUCAUGUACACUGUACUUCUCCUCUUGCAGAGGUUCGUGUAAAGCAACAGAAUGCAGCCCGAACUAAACUAGAGUCCCAGAUAGAAGACUUACCAUCAAGACCGACCUUUUUGACUAACACUGGGGAGAGGUUAGUACUUUGAUAUGAAGAACUAAGAACCUACAAUUUCCCAAGUUACCCUUAACAGGUUCCUAUUUAGGUUGUUAAAUAGGUUUCUUAUUUUCUGAAGGAAAAAAAUUCAUUGUAGCUAAGAGCAUUUAGUGGUAUUCAGCUCAUAUUCCUUAUAUAAUAUCUGUACACCAUUACAUUGCAGUUGGAGUGAUAAGGCACCUGUCUUCAAAAAGGAUCCCGAAUGUUGAGUUUAUAUCUAUAUUGCCCAAUUGUACAUGAUGUUUUUAUAUAAAGAUUUUUGAAAAUAAGAACCAGUUUCAAAUUUUAUGCUCAACAGGUUCUUGUAUAGAGGGGGCCUAACUGGCAAAUUUUAGCCUAACAGGUUCUUAAGGUUGAUUUCCAUUGAUGCGUUUUAACGCACGUAAAUUUUAAUCACGUAAAUAAAUAGAGGCGAGAUAAAAAGCGCUGAGCUUAAACGAGAAGGUGAGCGAGGUGCAACUUCUACGCUUAUGAGCCACCUUUCAUGCAUUGCCUCCAUUUUAUUUGCGAACGUAAAUUUUACGCACGAACGUUCGUUAAAUUACACGACACUGGAAAUCAACCCUUAGUCGCGGGUCGCGUCUCCUAUCGCGUGUGGCUGUCGCGUGACUUCUCGCGACUUCCCAAAAUGGAGAGCUUGCUCUUAGGCUCUGAUUGCACCGCCAAGUAUUUAAUUUGAGUGAUGUUCAACAUAGUUGUUUGUGCCUUAUUUUCAACAGGCUUCCCUUCUCAUUUGUCACUGAUGACGUUGUACAAGCAACUUGCCAAUGUCUUCUUGCCCAAGCAGCUGAUGCGGAAAAUGUAAGUUUACUUUGAGAUUUGAGACUUUUGAGAUUUUAUACAAGAGCUGACUCCCUUGACGAACAGAAGAGCCUCUCGGCUCUUGCUCUCGUCUUAUUGUUACAAGAAGUGAUUUAAAUUCCCUGCUGCCUCUGACUGGCAAGAAAAGCGAUAAGAACCUGUCUGGUCACUUUCGUUUACAACCAUAUCGAUUCCGCAGAGGUGCAGUCUUGUGCGUUCAGAAAUUCAGCUAUGUUUUAGUGUUGAGACUCGCUUGCAAGUUGACGUUUUUAAGCGACGAAGUCACAUAAACGACCCAGCCAAAACGAACUUUUAGAAACUCUGCUGUUACCUCUGACGAGAGGCAAAGUUUGGUUUCCAUUUUAAACUGGUUGUUCUCCAGUCUCCCACACGGCCGUUCUUUGUUUCGUCACGCAACGAACUUCCCUUGGGGAGGGGCGUUGCGUUACAAGACAUAAAGCACGGCUACGUAGAAGACUAGCUGUUCUUAGUAUCUUAGCCCCUCCCAAUGUGGUAGCUUUGGUUCAUUGUUUGUCUCAUGAUAGUCACUUCCCACCUCAGUAUUGGCAAAACUUUGAUGCACUUUUUUUUCAUCAUUAGGAGGGGAAAACGCCGGCUAUGAUCGAAAAGAUGGUUCUUGAGGAAUUUGGGCGCUGCCUUUUGUCAAUUAUCCACACAGCAAAUGGAACAAAAGGCGAGUUU